GUUUUUGAGGCACCUCCAUACUGUUUUCCAUAGUGCUAUACAAGCUUACGUUCCCACUGACAGUGCUCUGCAUCCUCCCAUCACUUAUUGCUUGUCUUUUUGAUUAUAACCAUUCUAACAAGUAUGAGAUUUCAACACUAAACUUGCACAAUGUCUUUGAAACCAAGAGUAGUAGAUUUUGAUGAAACAUGGAACAAACUUUUAACGACAAUCAAAGCUGUUGUUAUGUUGGAAUAUGUCGAAAGAGCAACAUGGAAUGACCGCUUCUCAGAUAUCUAUGCUUUAUGUGUGGCCUAUCCUGAACCCCUUGGAGAAAGACUAUAUACAGAAACUAAGAUUUUUUUGGAAAAUCACGUACGGCAUUUGCACAAGAGAGUUCUGGAGUCUGAAGAACAAGUUCUUGUUAUGUAUCAUAGGUAUUGGGAGGAAUAUAGCAAGGGUGCAGACUAUAUGGACUGCUUGUACAGGUAUCUCAACACCCAGUUUAUUAAAAAAAAUAAAUUGACAGAAGCUGACCUUCAGUAUGGCUAUGGUGGUGUAGAUAUGAAUGAACCACUCAUGGAAAUAGGAGAGCUAGCAUUGGAUAUGUGGAGGAAAUUGAUGGUUGAGCCACUUCAGAACAUCCUUAUCCGAAUGUUGCUUCGGGAAAUCAAAAAUGAUCGUGGUGGAGAAGACCCAAACCAGAAAGUAAUCCAUGGGGUUAUUAACUCCUUUGUUCAUGUUGAACAGUAUAAGAAAAAAUUCCCUUUAAAGUUUUAUCAGGAAAUCUUUGAGUCUCCUUUUCUGACUGAAACAGGAGAGUAUUACAAGCAAGAAGCUUCAAAUUUAUUACAAGAAUCAAACUGCUCACAGUAUAUGGAAAAGGUUCUAGGUAGGUUAAAAGAUGAAGAAAUUCGAUGUCGAAAAUAUUUAAAUCCAAGUUCAUACACUAAAGUGAUUCAUGAAUGUCAGCAACGAAUGGUAGCAGACCACUUACAGUUCUUACAUGCAGAAUGUCAUAAUAUCAUCCGGCAAGAGAAAAAAAAUGACAUGGCAAAUAUGUAUGUCUUACUUCGUGCUGUGUCCACUGGUUUACCUCAUAUGAUUCAGGAGCUGCAAAAUCACAUCCAUGAUGAGGGCCUUAGAGCAACCAGUAAUCUUACUCAGGAAAAUAUGCCAACACUAUUUGUUGAGUCAGUUUUGGAAGUACAUGGUAAAUUUGUUCAACUUAUCAACACUGUUUUGAAUGGUGAUCAGCACUUUAUGAGUGCAUUAGAUAAGGCCCUUACAUCAGUUGUAAAUUACAGAGAGCCUAAAUCUAUUUGUAAAGCACCUGAAUUGCUUGCUAAGUACUGUGACAACUUACUAAAGAAGUCAGCAAAGGGAAUGACUGAGAAUGAAGUAGAAGACAAACUGACAAGCUUCAUUACUGUUUUCAAAUAUAUUGAUGAUAAGGAUGUUUUUCAGAAGUUCUACGCAAGAAUGCUGGCAAAACGUUUAAUUCAUGGGUUGUCUAUGUCUAUGGAUUCUGAAGAAGCUAUGAUCAAUAAAUUAAAGCAAGCCUGUGGUUAUGAGUUUACCAGCAAACUACAUCGGAUGUAUACAGAUAUGAGUGUCAGUGCUGAUCUUAACAAUAAAUUCAAUAAUUUUAUCAAAAAUCAAGACACAGUUAUAGAUUUGGGAAUUAGUUUUCAGAUAUAUGUUCUUCAGGCUGGUGCAUGGCCUCUUACUCAGGCUCCUUCAUCAACAUUUGCGAUUCCCCAGGAGUUAGAAAAAAGUGUACAGAUGUUUGAAUUAUUUUACAGCCAGCAUUUCAGUGGAAGGAAACUUACAUGGUUACAUUAUCUCUGUACAGGGGAAGUUAAAAUGAACUAUUUGGGCAAACCAUAUGUAGCUAUGGUUACAACAUACCAAAUGGCAGUUCUUCUUGCCUUUAACAACAGUGAAACUGUCAGCUAUAAAGAUCUUCAAGACAGUACUCAGAUGAAUGAAAAGGAAUUGACCAAAACAAUCAAAUCUUUACUUGAUGUGAAAAUGAUUAACCAUGAUUCAGAAAAGGAAGACAUAGAUGCAGAAUCUUCAUUCUCAUUAAAUAUGAACUUCAGCAGUAAAAGAACAAAAUUUAAAAUUACUACAUCAAUGCAGAAAGACACACCACAGGAAAUGGAGCAGACUAGAAGUGCCGUAGAUGAGGACCGGAAAAUGUAUCUCCAAGCUGCUAUAGUUCGUAUCAUGAAAGCACGAAAAGUGCUUCGGCAUAAUGCCCUUAUUCAAGAGGUGAUUAGCCAGUCCAGAGCUCGGUUUAAUCCUAGUAUCAGCAUGAUUAAGAAGUGUAUUGAAGUUCUGAUAGACAAACAAUACAUCGAACGCAGCCAAGCAUCAGCAGAUGAAUACAGUUAUGUAGCGUGAUGUUGUUCUCCUCCAGUGUGGGUGUGAGAAGAUCAUUGCCAUCACCUUUCGGUGUGUUUCUGUGGGAAAAAGCAGGCCUGUGCCUCCAUAAUUUGGUCAUUUGGCAGCCCCUGUUUUUCUGCUGUUUACAACAUCACCAGUGCCACGUCAUGAGCGUCAGAGAAAAUGCCUAGAGAUAUUUCAAGCUCAUGUCAUUAUGACAUUUCUUAAAACUUUAUUAAGAGAAUGAGUGAAGUAUUGCUGAAAUGUGGAAAUUUGGUUGGGUACCAUGCUUUUUCUCCCCUCACGUUUGCAGUUGAUGUGUUUUUUUUUUUAAAUGUAUCUUAAAGGACAUAAAAAAAAACUUAAAUAUUGUAAUAUGACAGAUAACCUAAUAAUUGUAUCUACAUUAAAAUGACAGACAUGAUAUUGCUGCUUGUCAAAUAAAAAAAAUAAAGAAUUAGAAUGCCUUUUUUUAUGUGGAUGAUCACACAAAAUAAUAUAUAUAAAUGUUCAUGAGUCAGCAAAGCAGCGAAUGCAGAUCUAGUUGCAUUUUUAUCUGAAUGGUUUUAAUUCACUUGUACUCGUACUUAAAUCCGACAUGAAAAAUGUCUUAAUUAUUGUUCUUGAAUGCAUAAAAAUGCAUUCAUUAUAGAGAAUGUUCUUAUGAAUCAGAACUACAUUGGAUAUGAAUAUUUUGAAUACUGAGGAUUUAAUACCAUCAAAAGUUUCUGAUGAUGUGCUAACACUACAGAAAGUAAGUUUGAGGAGACUGUGGUGUUCUCAAAUCUGAAAUAGAAAGAUCUUUUCAUUCAAAAGUUGUCCGUCUUCUGUUUUCAUAAUGCAUUACUUGUUAUACAGAGUAAUAAUAACCCAGUUCUAUUGUCUUCUCUUUUGCUUUCUGAGUUUAGGAGAUCCUGCGAUACCAAUGCAUUGUUGCCAAAUUCCUAUCUGACUUAUCAUGCUUACACACUACUAACGUUUCAACAUGAGAAUCACACAUAAAUCACAGAUGUUCACAACCAUGCAUAACCUUAAAUUUAACUAUCUUAAAAAAUCUGUAUAGUUUAUUAUACCAGGCAUAAUUCCAUUAUUUUGUUCGCUAUAUAUCAAGUCUGGCCUGUUAUCAUGUUAAUAUUAUCAGUCUUACCACCACCACCGAAUAUAAUCACGCAACUUUUUAAACUGGAAUAUUUUAAAGCCUAUCCCACAGAAAUCAUUCUACUUACAGUAUUUCAGUUUGUAUCUCUAACCAAUAAGGUCCUUUUUUAAAAAAAAAACAAAAAACCACACAACCACAGUGACAUUAUUACACCCAAAAAUAAACAGUAAUUAUUUAUAGUAACAUCUAAUAUGUGGUCCAUAUUCAAAUUUAUUGUGACAAAAAUGACUUUUACAGUUGGCUUGUUUGAUUGCACUUUUUCUAACUCAUGUCUCUUUAAGUGUUUAAAAAAUUUACUGAGCUUAUAAUGACUUAUAUAAUGUAUUUCUCAUUUUUCUUCCUAGAGAGGAAAUAAUGGCAAACCAUACA